AUGUUGAAUAACGAUGAUGAAUCUGUUAACUCUAAUCCUGAAUUACCUGAAUUAUCUGAAAUUACUGUAUCACAACAGGAAAUUGGCGAUAAAGAAAACAAUUGUAAAACUGUUCCUACUUUUCAAAAGAUUCGCAAUACGAGAAAUAAUUCAUGGAAUAAUGGAGACUAA